UUGCUAUUCUCGUAGCCGUUGCGCAGUGCGGAUUUUACACACGCAAAUAGCGUAAACUGGAGCCUUGUGAACGUGCAACGGGACAUAAAAGAGAGUACGUUUGUAUUCAGAAUUCCUCCCUUCAGCAAGAAACGACUCUGUGGCCAUUCAAUCAAAGGUGGAAAAACGUGCGUGGACCUUCAGAAAACAGAGAUAAAUUCAGUGUGUGUCUCCUCUUUUCAGUUUAAUUUGAGCUGCGUGGUGCACAAGGGCCCCUUUGCACACUGUUUGGAUGUUGGAGUUUGCAACCCUACUGUUAGAGUGUAAAGCCUAAACAUGGUGAGGCUGGAGCUGGAUCAGGUGGUGAUGAGGAGGAUGAAGGAGGAUGACAUAGAGGUGGUCAAAGCCCUUAUCAAGGAGGGCUGUGAGGGCACAGAAAACCGUCUCAUCUUGCACAUCCUUACUCGUCCGCUCUGCCUCUUCAUCCUGGCUGUCUUCUCCUCAAUCUUGCGCUGCCUUGUCCACUCCUUUAUCCUAGCACUUGCUAUUCCUGUCUUCCUGCUAACUGUCUUUCUCAAGAUCACCAUACCGCGGUCCAUAGGGGUUCUGGGCAGCAGCCGCCCCUACUGGGACUACAUGGGGAGCAGCUACAGAGGGACACAGGAUGAGACGCUGCAGAAUCCCUACUCCAGGAUCAGUGGCAAGACGCCAGUGAUUAAAAGGCAAAGACGCAGAAUUGACCCCAAAGACAAGGACAAAGAGAUGUCAGAGAAGGUCACCCCAGAGAGGGAACAGACAGCGGGGCAGGUCUGGGUUGCAGACUGCGAGGGUGACAUCCUGGGUUGCAUCUUCAGAGAAAGUGAGAAUCGAGCAGGCAUCAGGAGGAUCUGCAGAUUGGUGACGGGCAGCUGGUACCGCAGGGAGGGCCUGGGUCGGCUGCUAGUCCAAAGUCUGGAACAGAGAGAGAGGGAGACUGGUGCUCAUAGAGUGUAUGCACACGUCCCCUACCCCUCCAAGGUGGGGGAGGUCUUCUUCAGGAAGCUGGGUUUUCUGCAACUUGGGGAGGGGCCUGAUGAAGAAGACAGCGAGGAAAAAAACCUGGAGACUCCUCAGAGAAGCUUUCUGGGAUACCCCCUCACUAAGGUGUUUUACAAAGACCUGUGAUUGAGUGAUGAUGGACUAAUGGAUAGAAAAAAGUGUUGCAGGGAGUGUCUAAAAGUAAAUAAGACUCUGGAUUUCUGCUGAUGGAAGUAAUGUCAUUGCUGCAAUUUGUUUGGAUAUUUGUUUAAGUUAAGAAUUUAUUGACUAUUUGUUUAUUUAUGCCAGUAUUUAUUUACUGUUUGUGUUGCUGUUCUGAGCAUAUUUAUACCUCAUCAUCAUCAUCAUCGUAUAAAGUACCAUCUCUACAUUUUCAUAAAACCAAUGGUUUAUUAUCUAGUACUUCAACAAUGACAUAAUGAGGCUUCACUGUCACAGUUCUCUCAUCAUUUGCAUCAAAAUAAAAUAUUUAUGUAGAAUGUGUUUCCUAAA